CACGAUGUUAUGACCAAAAAACGUUUUUAUUUAGAAGCCUAGAAACCUCGGUAACCUCGGGGUUCUGUCCCUCCUUUUAACUAAUUGUCCAGUACAGAACACAGAUGGAGUUGCUUAAUAUUAAAAAAAAAAAUUGAAUUGGCCAAGUAAGCUUGACGUAGCCAAUGAGCGAACGGCUUCUUCCUGUCCUCGUUAAUGAUUUACCCGCAACCGGAAGUUGAAUUCGAUUCCGCUCACAUAAUCAUUCCGAACUGUAUAUUAGCUCGCAUGGGAUUUGAAAGGCAAAAAUGAGGCUAAGAGUAUCAAUUCUGCUUAGCCUUUGUCUGGUUUUUGUUGUCUUUUUUAUCGUGUUUAUGGCUUCAGAGAGUAAACUGAGUUUUAAUGCGUACACUCCUGUAUUUUCAACGAAUAAUCCACUUGUGGAGCGGCUUGAUACGCCUCGUGAUUAUAAGAAACCAGUGAUUCAGCUAAAUGAAUCCCAACUGCCAUCAACAACACCAACUUCGCCUGCACAGGAGAAUUACUAUUUAAAGAGGACGUUCUGCUCCAUGAAGUUUAAAAAUGGCGAGAUGUGUCCACCACUGUAUACCGAUCUCGGAGGACAGUGUAGCGGUAACAGCAGUGGCUUCUUCAACUGCGUUGAUGUCAGGCGUUUGGGGUCACACAGUCUAAGGCAAGCACAACUUGCCAUCACAAGAAUGCUUGGAUUAUUCGACAAUAUCGCAAGAAAACAUAGUAUAAAAUACUGGAUUACUUCUGCCACUCUUCUUGGUGCUGCUAGACACAAGGGGUUCGUUCCGUGGGAUUCUGAUGCCGAUAUUGAAAUUCCACUAGACGAAUAUGAGAAGUUCUUUAGAAUUGGAAGCGUCGAUUUGCCAACAGACGUUUUCUUUCAAAACACCGAAUCGGAUCAUAACUUGAGACCAAAUGCCCAAACAUACAAGGYUCAUAAAUACAAGGAUAUAGGGAUGUAUAUUAGGACUUGGAAUCCAAGACUUCGAGAUACGAAAAGCUGUUAUAAGUAUUGUUUGGCUCAUGGAUGCAAAUGGCACGAUGGCCUAAUGAUAGACAUGUAUGUCGUUGAAUCUGUUCCUACAGGCUCAUACCCUUUGAAAGAACUGUUGUUUGAAGGGCUGUCUUUACCAGUCCAAAACAACUGGAAAGAUGUUUUGAAGAGUAAAUACGGCGAUGAUUAUAUGGUUGUACCAGAGGAAGGAAAUAAGAACAGACACCAGUGGGAUUGGCCGGACCCACAUCAUAGCUGUGAAGAAAUUCAGAAGCAACGAUAACAAAAGAUUUAUUAAGACAUCGUAAAAAAACAGUACGAUUUUGAAUAUUUAGCAUUGUUCUCUUUUAUAUAGAAACCUUUUUAUUAAUCAAAGGUGAUUGGCGAUGAAACUGAAAAUAAACUGCAAGGCAACAUACCACGACGAGAGGCGACGAUGAAGUCGAGUACGAAUUUAGUCUUUAAAUAAAAUAAUUCUGCAUGGAGUC